AUGAGCCUCACCGCAGAGCAGGUGCAGGACUUCCUGGAGCAGGACCCAGGCUUCUCAGACCAGUACUUCGGGAGGAAGCUGAGCCCUGAGCAUGUGAGCAGCAUGUGCGAGGACGGGCACCUCCUGGCCUGUGCCAGCUUCAGGGAGCUGUGCCAGGUGGAGGAGAGCAGGGCCCUGUUUGAGCUGGUGCAGGACAUGCAGGAGAGCGUGAACAUGGAGCGUGUGCUCUUCAAGGUCCUGCAUCGGCUCUGCUCCAUCCUGCAGGCCGACCGCUGCAGCCUCUUCAUAUACCGCCAGCGCAAUGGCGUGGCCGAGCUCGCCACGCGCCUCUUCAGCGUGCAGCCCCACACGGACCUCGAGGACUGCCUGGUGCCCCCUGACUCCGAGAUCGUCUUCCCACUGGACAUUGGCAUUGUGGGCCACGUGGCUCAGACCAAGAGAACAGUGAACGUCAAAGAUGUGACCGAGUGCCCCCACUUCAGCCCCUUUGCGGAUGAGCUGACGGACUACCGGACCAGAAACCUGCUGGCCACGCCCCUCAUGAACGGGAAGGACGUCAUGGGUGUGGUCAUGGCCCUGAACAAGCUGGGCGGCCCCUGCUUCACCAGCCAGGACGAGGAUGUUUUCCUGAAGUACCUGAAUUUUGGCACCUUGAACCUGAAGAUCUACCACUUGAGUUACCUUUAUAACUGUGAGACGCGCCGAGGCCAGGUGCUUCUGUGGUCAGCCAACAAGGUGUUCGAGGAGCUGACGGACAUUGAACGACAGUUUCACAAGGCUUUCUACACUGUUCGGGCCUAUCUGAACUGUGACCGCUACUCGGUGGGCCUCCUGGACAUGACCAAGGAAAAGGAAUUCUUCGACGUGUGGCCCGUGCUGAUGGGAGAGGCACAGCCGUACUCAGGUCCACGCACACCUGACGGCCGAGAAAUCGUCUUCUACAAAGUCAUUGACUACAUUCUCCAUGGGAAGGAAGACAUCAAGGUCAUUCCCACCCCCCCGGCCGAUCACUGGGCCCUGGCCAGCGGCCUCCCAACCUAUGUGGCAGAGAGUGGCUUUAUCUGUAAUAUUAUGAAUGCUUCUGCUGAUGAAAUGUUCAAAUUUCAGGAAGGGCCUCUGGACGCAACGGGGUGGGUCAUCAAGAAUGUCCUAUCUAUGCCCAUCAUCAACAAGAAGGAGGAGAUCGUGGGGGUCGCCACAUUCUACAACCGGAAGGAUGGGAAGCCUUUCGAUGAGCAGGACGAGGUGCUCAUGGAGUCCCUCACGCAGUUCCUGGGCUGGUCCGUGCUCAACACUGACACCUACGACAGGAUGAACAAGCUGGAGAACCGCAAGGACAUCGCCCAGGACAUGGUUCUGUACCAUGUGCGCUGUGACAAGGAAGAGAUUCAGUCCAUCCUGCCAACAAGAGCACGUCUGGGAAAGGAGCCUGCGGACUGCGAGGAGGACGAGCUGGCAGAGAUCCUGAAGGAAGAGCUGCCAGGGCCGACCAAGUUUGACAUCUACGAGUUCCAUUUCUCUGACCUGGAGUGCACAGAGCUGGAGCUGGUCAAAUGUGGCAUCCAGAUGUACUACGAGCUCGGUGUGGUCCGCAAGUUUCAGAUCCCUCAGGAGGUCCUGGUGCGUUUCCUGUUCUCUGUCAGCAAAGGGUACCGGAGAAUCACCUACCACAACUGGCGUCAUGGUUUCAAUGUGGCCCAGACCAUGUUCACGCUGCUGAUGACUGGCAAGCUCAAGAGCUACUACACGGACCUGGAAGCCUUCGCCAUGGUCACGGCUGGCCUGUGCCAUGACAUCGAUCACAGAGGCACCAACAACCUCUACCAGAUGAAAUCCCAGAACCCUCUGGCCAAGCUGCACGGCUCAUCCAUCCUGGAGAGGCAUCACCUGGAGUUUGGGAAGUUCCUGCUGGCAGAAGAGACACUGAACAUCUACCAGAACCUGAACCGGCACCAGCACGAGCACGUGGUCCACCUCAUGGACAUUGCCAUCAUCGCCACAGACCUGGCACUCUACUUCAAGAAGAGGACGAUGUUUCAGAAGAUUGUGGAUGAAUCCAAGAACUACUCGGACAGGAAGAGCUGGGUGGAGUACCUCUCACUGGAGACCACGAGGAAGGAGAUAGUCAUGGCCAUGAUGAUGACUGCGUGCGACCUCUCUGCCAUCACCAAGCCCUGGGAAGUCCAGAGCAAGGUGGCCCUGCUGGUGGCAGCUGAGUUCUGGGAACAAGGAGACCUGGAGAGGACAGUUCUGGACCAGCAGCCCAUUCCCAUGAUGGACCGGAACAAGGCGGCUGAGCUCCCCAAGCUGCAGGUUGGCUUCAUUGACUUCGUGUGCACGUUUGUGUACAAGGAGUUUUCCCGUUUCCAUGAGGAGAUCCUGCCCAUGUUCGACCGCCUGCAGAACAACAGGAAGGAGUGGAAGGCCCUGGCCGAUGAGCACGAGGAGAAAAUGAAGGCCCUAGAGGAGAAGAAGGAGGAGAGGACGGAGGCCAAGAGAGUGGGCACUGAAGUAUGCAACGGCGGCCCUGCACCCAAGUCCUCCACCUGCCGCCUCCUGUGAGCCAUCAGGCCCUGCCGGCACCCCGACUCUCACACCCGCCCACCCUGCCUCCAACCCUUUGCUACAAAGAAAAUGAAGACAACUUGGGGGUAUUUUCUAUUGUUUUUUAAGGAUCGCGAUUUUAUAAAUUAAAGCCACCACCAGCCAUUAUUUCUGGGCUGCACUCCAGUGUUUUUUACAUAACAGCACCACUACAGGUCUCUGAGGAGGCUGUGACCCUUUCCUGGGGAUGUUCCCUAACAAUGCUCAGGGCACACAGGGUUCAUCCCAGGAGAUGCUUGAUGACUAGGCCACCCUGGCAGUGCUCAGGAGUCUAAAGCUAUUCCUUUAGACCAGCAGCAUUCAGAGCCAUGCAGAGGGAUUAAACUUGCUAUCUUGACAUACAAAGUAUGUUCUGGGGGCCAGAGAAAUAACACAGAAUUAAAGAGGACAUCACACAACUCGGUUCGAAUCUGCAGUGCCAGAGUCCCCAGAGCACAGCCAGGGGUCGCUCCUGGGGCAUUGCUGGGUGCAGCUCCCUCAUCCUCACCAGCCCAGACAGAUAUCCCAGCCUUUGAGUUAGCUGAACCUGUGAACCAUGUACAGACACGGCCAAGGCCUGGGUGCCUUCAGGAUGGCGGGCUGCUGGGCGACAGGGGACACACAGGCCCGGAUUCCCAGGCAGAGCAGGCUGUCCGGCUCAUGGUUUGGGAACGACACUGAGGAACACAUGACCAUCAGAAACUGCCAGCAGGACUGAAUCUCCCCGGGAGGCUAUCCCUCCCCAGGUCCCCGCCCGCCCCGCAGACUGGAUAUCACGCCCACAAUUCGCCUCCGGGUGCCAUCUUGGAGCACCAACAGCCCUGGCCCAGAGACACAGCAGCAAAUCCCGGAGGGCACGACAGCGCUGGAGAUAUCUCCGGGCCCAUACGGGUCCAAUUCCACAGGGCACCCCAGGGAGCCUCUCCCUGCCUACUCCAGAUGGACUCCCCGCGGCCAAGAGCUUCCACAAGCCCACCCCCACGCGGAUUCCAGGGCUAAAUCUCCAGGCCACAUGGCGGCAGAGGACCUGGGCUGUCCCUCCCUGGGUCCCCGCCCAUGUUGUAGACUGGUUGUCAUGCCCACAAUUUGCCUCUGGUACCAUCUUAGUGCACCAACAGCCCUGGCCCUAGAGACUCCCAAUUGAGUCCCAAGUUGGAUUAGUGCCAUACAGAGCUGUCUCUGAAACCCAACCAUUUACAGUCUAGAGGUUUAUAUUCACAAUCACGGCCCUGCGCUCUCCCCUGAUAUUCAAAAUGAGCAAUGGAGAAAUAAAUGGUCUAGCCUCUGCCCCUGGCAGGUAGGCUUGAAUGGUGGUGGGAAAUUUCAAGCAAAACAUAAUGUUCAAGAUUAGUGAGAGAGUAUUGGGGAAAUUGUCUGCCACAGAGGCAGGGUGAGGACGGGAUGUGGGUGGUGGAAAAUGUGCACUGGUGGAGGGAUGGGUGUUCAACCACUGUAUGGCUGAAUCUCAAACAUGAAAGCUUUGUAACUCUAUCUCACAGGGAUACAAUUGAAAAAAAAAAGUAAUGUGGAGUUCAUACCCAUUCAAUCAGUUUAAUCAAUGGCUGAACAAACGUAGCAGUACUCCUACUACAUUUGUUAACGGUAACAAAUGUAUUAAAAGAAAAAAAAAAAGGAAAAGAAAUUCUGCCAGUAGAGUCAAACUACAGAGUAGCAGCAGACUUCAGUGCUACAACACCCGCCGGGAAGCGGAGCUGCUUUCUAGCAAGAGGUGCUGGGGGGGACGGAUGCUGGGCACAUGGGCAGGAAGGGCCCCUUGCAGCUGGGGAACAGAAGCCAAGCUCCCAAGCCCAGGGCAGGCACAGGCUCCCUGCACACGGGCACUGGGAAGGGCCUGGAGCCCACCUAAGGGGGCACACCUGGGAGAGCCAUCCGGUUCGGGCCUCUCUCAGAAGAGCCCAAGUGAAAGCUACUAAGGAGCGGGGCGCUGCCACCGUCCUCCUCUGCCACCUCUGGAAACGGGCUCUGCCUCGUGGCAGGCUGCCGCCCACUCCCCUUCCCCCUCGAAACGGCCGGCUCCACGGGUGGGGCCGGAGUCCGCGCCCGAACCACAGCCCGCCAGCCCCAGACAGCCCUGCGCGGUGCC